CAACCUGCUCUGUGUUCAGCGACCGCAAGCAAUGCUAACGUUCGCGAACCAUAGUUGAAUUACGUGAAGCGAAUAAACCAGAACAGUGAGCGAACAUUGUUUUUUGCACUGUCUGGCUGAACUCAAUCCUGCUUGUUAUGUGCGUUAUCUCCCUUUGGUGUGAAGAAAAUGUUCAACUUGUAUUUUGUAAAUUAUUAUUUUAAUUUUUUGGACUGAAUUUGGAAGUUUGUUCGAACAAAUACUAGUCGGAUGUCGUUGCAAUUACAAGGUUUGAUCUGUCAUGAUGCUUGUAAAAGUCUUUGAAAAUGGCAGUGCAGGAGCCUGGCUGCUCCAUUCCCGUGCCUGUGUCACAGGAACUGGGUGACGAGUCGGACUAUCGCUUGUGGAUUGGUAACCUUGACUCACGGAUCACAGAGUUCACUCUCUUGAAGUUAGUUCAGAAGUUUGGUGACUUGAAGAAGUUUGACUUUCUCUACCACAAGGAAGGACCUGAUGUUGGCAAACCGAGGGGUUAUUGUUUUGUCAGUUUCAACAAAAAACAGGUUGCAGAGAGAGCCAUCAAAGGACUGGAUGGAAAGUUAGCACUGUCCCAGAGACUGGUUGUCCGCUGGGCUCGCGCACAGAAACCGGAACUAGCUUUUUGCAAGAGUACAUCUGUAACAAAUGAGGCAUGUAGUAACUUAAGUGAAGCUAAAAUCAAAAUCAUUGAGGCAAGACUGAAAAUGAUGGAAAAUAAAAAAGAAGAAUUUGAGAUUUCCACCAAGCCAACAGCACCGCCGGGAAGCAGCAAACUGAGCAUGGCAAAUGUGGAAGUUGUAAGAAAGCAAAGAACGUUAACUCUGAAAAACAGUCAGUCAACUCUGAGAAACAGUCAUCUGGGUAGAAGACCACAGAACAGUGAGCCGUACAGAAACAAGAGGAGGAAAUGACUUAAAACAAACAAAAGAUCUGUGAGAAGAAAAAACCCAAAUUACAGAAAAUCCAAGAUUUCAGUAAAUCUUUGUAUAUCCAAAACUUAUUACAAUUUAUUAGAAGCAGGUUGUCCCAAAAUUUGGGUCAGUUUUUAAGUUCUCAUAAUUGCUGGUUAAAUCUGUGCAGAUGUUGUGUUUGAAGCAUCGUUUUGUUUAAAGUAUUACUGUUUCAAAGAUGACUUUUUACAGUAAAUGUAGGAAGGAGCCGACAUCUCUGGAUGUGAAGAAAUCACAUCUUCAUAGGCUUUAUGUCCGAUACGAUGGUGCCUUGAGUACAUGUGUAUGAAUUACAUUACAGGUCUAUAAAUUACUUGGCUCUGGAUGCCUUUCAAGUGUACGUGGAUGAGCGUGUCGUGGAUGAGUGCGUCGUUGGAGCUGUCCUGACAUCCAGUGUCAGAAUGUAGGACCAGAACGUGCUUUUUAAAAGUUCACGUUAUGCCCAAAUAUAAUUUGAGUGAAUUAUUGCAAACUGGAUUGCAGGUACCUGGUCUUACCAUUGAUAACUCCAAUUAUUACCCCCAGCAGACACUCAUAAUGGGGAAAAUAUUUUUCAUAUUUUCUGUGAGAAAUAUUCUGUAUUGGUGUAACAAACGAUACUAUUGGAUCAUUUGACACUUACAAACCAAUGGCCUUGUCGAUAUAAUUUUCAUAUUUCACUCGGGACAUAAAUUUAAUUUAACUUUAACUGGUAACUCAAAGCUAGGAUCUGGGUUCUCCAGUGACCAUGCAAGUUUUGUGCACAAUUUUUUUUUUUUAAACUGGCAUAAAAUCACCUAAAAAUUGUUAGCAUUUAAGUAAUAAUUGUGUUAUUGAAAUCAACCAGUCCUUAAUUGGGCAACUUGAGCAUUUAGUUGUUUUGUUUUCAAAAACAAAUUAAAAGCGAGUUAACCAGAGAUAAAAAAAAAUAUGACAAUGGGAUAAACAAAUCCAGAAAACUUUGAUGUGCUUUGAAGAGUAAUGUUACAUCAAAUAGAGACAGGAAGGUUUCAGAUGGCAUUAUAAUCCCAUGGCAGUUUUCUGGUUGGCAGACACGUGAACAAAGUACAGGAGUAAUACAUGUCAACUUUAUGCAUUUCAAGCAUAGCUGGUUUAUUCCAUGUUAAUAAAUUGUUUUUAAUUUUA